AUGGACCUAAACAAUAAACAUCGCCGACUCUUCGCAUCUCCUUCUCCCAUCGCCGACUGGAUCCCUUCUUCCCUCCAUCGCUCAUCCGCCGUCCACCUCCAUUACUGCCUCCAUCGCCCAGCCGCCGUCCACACCAUCGCCGCCGCCGUUGCACACCAUUACCUGCUGCAUUGUCGCUGCUUUUCGCUGCCGGACAAACUGCCGCACCACCUAACCGCCGGACGCCGCUGCCGCACUACCCCGCCACUGGUCGCCCUCUCCCGCGUUUCGCCGCACCACUCCGCCGCCGGUCGCCCUCCCUGCGCUCGCCGCUUGUGCUCGCCGUCGCCGCUCCUCGAUCAGGAAGGAUAUGAACGGUGGAUAUGGCAUGGUGAAAAUGUACCUUUUAGUACAAAUGAUGUCGAAUUAGAUGUAGAGAAAGAUCAAAGUAAAGAAGAUAAUGUUGGAAAUAAUGAAGACAAUGACCAGCUAGAUGAAUUGAUGCGUGAUAUGCAAGGGGAUUUGAAUGAACUGCCUCAAGAGUUUGAAACUUUUUUUGAAAACUCUGGAAAACCUUUGUUUUCUGGAUGUAGUAAAUUUACAAAGUUAUCAUCAAUGCUUAAAUUGUAUAACUUAAAAGCAAAGAAUAGGUGGAGUGAUAAGAGUUUCACGGAGUUAUUGAAACUUUUAAAGGACAUGCUUCUUGAUGAUAACGAAGUUCCUUGUUCAACUUAUGAGGCAAAGAAAAUGUUAUGUCCGUUGAGUAUGGACAUUGAAAGGAUUCAUGCAUGUCCAAACGAUUGUAUUUUGUAUUGGAAACAAUACAAAGACUUGCAUGUGUGUCCGAAGUGUGGAGCAUCGCGUUAUAAACGGGAAGGAUACGAUGAUGCAUGUGAGAAGAAGAAAGGUGCUCCUGCGAAGGUGUUGUGGUAUCAACCGGUGAUUCCAAGGUUCAAGCGUUUGUUUACAAAUGCAAAUGAUGCAAAUAAUUUGCAAUGGCAUGCUAUUGGUAGAAAAGAAGAUGUAAAGUUGAGAUAUCCCGCCGAUUCUCCUCAAUGGAAGAACAUUAAUAUGAAGUUUCCUGAAUUCGGUUCCGUAAACCGAAAUCUUAGGCUUGGACUAUGCACGGAUGGAAUGAAUCCUCAUGGUAACAUGAGCAGUCGCCAUAGCACUUGGCCAGUUCUUUUAACAGUGUACAAUCUUCCUCCUUGGUUAUGCAUGAAGCGUAAGUACAUCAUGUUAUCUUUGUUAAUAUUUGGGCCUAAACAACCAGGAAACGACAUAGAUGUGUACUUGACACCGCUUAUUGAAGAUUUAAAGAUACUGUGGAAUGAAGGUGUGGCGGUGUUUGAUACUCAUAGCCAAACCAACUUCACCUUGCGAGCCAUGCUGUUCUGCACAAUCAAUGACUUCCCAGCAUAUGGUAACUUGUCAGGAUAUACUACUAAAGGGGCUAAGGCAUGCCCUAUUUGUGAAGAUGAAAUAGAUGAUCUUUGGCAAAACAAUAGUAAGAAAAAUGUGUUCAUGAGUCAUCGAACCUUUCUACCUAUUGACCAUCCUUAUAGAAAGAAGAAAAAAGUUUUCAAUGGAAAAUCUGAGACUAGAGUAGCUCGCUCACCAUUAUCAGGGGAUGUCGUUUAUGAAAGAGUCAAAAACAUUGAUAAUGUGUUGGGAAAAACUUCAAAAACAAGUCAGAAGGGUAUUUGGAAAAAGAGGUCUAUAUUCUGGGAUUUACCAUAUUGGGGGCACUUAUCUGUUAGACAUUGUCUUGAUGUAAUGCAUGUAGAGAAAAAUAUUUGUGAUAGCAUUAUCGGGACAUUGUUGAAUAUUCCAAGUAAGACGAAAGAUGGUAUAAAAGCUAGAAAAGAUAUGGUAGAAAUGGGGAUAAGGGAUCAAUUAGCACCACAAGAAUCUGGAAAGAGGGCAUACUUACCUCCAGCUUGUUAUACUUUGUCUAAAAAGGAGAAAACAAGUUUUUGUAGCUGUCUGAAUGGUGUUAAGGUUCCUUCCGACUAUUCAUCUAAUAUUAAAAAACUUGUUUCAAUGAAGGAUCUUAAAUUGACAAACCAUUACCAAGCUUUGUUACUUUUCAAUGCCAUUAGUAGUAAAGUUGUUGAUCCAGAGGUGUUAGAUUCGUUGCAAGCUGAUGUGGUAGUAACUUUAUGCCAAUUUGAAAUGUAUAUGUAUCCAUUUGAGAGAUACAUGGAAAUUUUGAACGGAUAUGUGAGAAAUAGAUAUUGGCUAGAAGGGAGUAUAAUUGAAGCUUAUAGCGCUGAAGAAGUCAUUGAUUUUUGUACUGAUUAUUUGUCUAAUGUUCAGUCCAUUGGUGUUCCUAAAUCACGUCAUGAAGGAAGACUCACAGGAAAAGGUACCAUUGGGUAUAAACCUAUUACACCAAGUGCAGAAAUGCGAGAUCAGGCUCAUCAUCUCGUACUACAGCACCUUUCUGAGGUUCAUACAUACUUGGAUCAACACAUGUCUAUUUUGAGGCAACAAAAUCCUUCUAAGGGUGAAAGAUGGAUAACAAAUGAACACAAUAACACUUUUAUCAGCUGGUUCAAAGAUACAGUGAUGCAAGAGUUAUCUCAAGUGUCCAAUAAUAUCAGUGAAACCAUUCGAUGGUUAGCGUGGGGCCCUAGUGUUCUUGUGGACUCUUAUGAAGGAUAUGAUAUUAAUGGGUAUACAUUUUACACAAAAUGUCGAGAUGGAAAAAGUGUGGUUGAUAAGAGACGGGGUGUCCGAGUAGAUGAUAUGAGUUUUACCUUAGUUGAUCUUGGUCGACUUGGAUAUCGUGAUGAACCGUUUAUACUUGCAUCUCAAGCUAAACAAGUCUUCUAUGUUUCUUAUCCUAUUGAUAGUAAGUGGUCAAUUGUCUUGCAAGGGAAAAGGAGUAUUGUUGGUGUUGGUGAUGUUGAGGAUAAAGAAGAAUAUGACCACUUUGAUGAAAUCCCACCAUUUGCUAUUCGUAUUCAAUCUGUGGCUUUAGGUGAAGAUAACUUUGAUACCAGUUACAUACGUACUGAUCAUGGAGAAGGAUUGUGGGUUGACCAUCCGAUAGUAUAA